UCCGGGUUUUUGUCAGUCUCGGCUACCCGGCGCAAGGGUGAGGUACAGUGCCUGUGAGCGUAUCACAGAGACGCGGAAUACAGACAAUUUAUCGAUUUAAGUUGAUUAAUUCUUGCUUGAUAUUAGCAUGAACAAGAGCUGCAACCUUUGGAGUCCUUCAGAGGAAUAAUUAAACGGACAGCGGAGUUGAAAUCGCGACAGAAGGGGAUGAAGAGAACCGCUGGAAGUGAACGGUGAUUUCUCUUCUCGAGGAUUAAACGGCGUAUAUUACAUUCCUGCACCUGCUCUCCUGUUAAAGGAAUACCGCCUUAAACACAACCAGGGCUUUCUAGUAUAUGCCGAUGAUAAAACAUUCAGUAUAUGCCGAGGAUAAAACACUCCUCUUGAUUGUAUACGCCAAAGUCUGUGCGCUCUUUGGAUUUAAGGACAUUUGCGAAUCGCAGUUCGUUUAAUUGGCAGAGCACUUAUUUAUUAAUCGGAUUCGUGUCAGCAGAAUAAGCUGUCGUUUUUACUGGAGUUUGCAAUUUCAUACUAAGCCUUACUCGGAGGUUAUUCCAGUUAGUAAACGGGUAAAAAUCCUGACCGACGGAAUCAUUUACGGUAGCGUUUGUUCAAAACGCAGUUAACGGAGCGCAAUUGACACAUUUUUUAUUUUUUUAUUUUUUUUUUGGAAACAGCUCCUCACUUUGAUCCGCCGUCUCCUAUUAAACGAAAAACAGAUCGGAUUCAUUAAAAAAAGAAGAAAUCUUAAGAGAAAGGCAAGGAAAAUUGCCCAACGGUCCUCUGUAGAAGAAGCUGUUUUGGAUGACUUUUUACGCGUGUGAAGAACGCAGAAAAUCAACUUAUAAUAAGUCAACUGAAUAUACCAGGGAUUAUACAUUUUUCCAUUUCAUCUAAGGACAGAAUGAGAUAUUGAUUUUUUUUUCCCCUCAUCAUUUUCCCCUCGUCUGUUCUUUCGGCCGCUUCACGUUCCCACAGUCCUGUCAUCGCCAACCUGCAUGGAAAUCUAGUCAGCACCACAGAGCGAUUUAUGGUCGGCCUCGGCAAACCAGUGUCUGUAGAAUCAUACCUGCGUCUGCGCAGUCAUGCUGGCCUGUCUGCAGAGGAGGCAGAACCCUGCACACCAGCACGCCACGGCCGUCUGCAGCAGCAGCAGCAGCAAGAGUCUUGAGCCAACGCAACACAUCAACCGCAAAUGUGAGCUGACUGUCCCUAUGCCUUCCCCGCGCUACCCCAGCGCAGCAGAGCUGGAUGCCUACGCGCAGAAGACUGCCAACAGCCCUCUGUCCAUCAAGAUCUUCCCCACCAACAUCAGGGUCCCCCAACACAAGCACCUUAACCGGACUGUGAACGGAUACGACACCACCGGACAGCGCUACAGCCCCUACCCACACCUCCACACAGGGGGCUACCAGGGUCUGUUAGCGAUCGUCAAGCUCUCAUCAUCAUCAUCCUCAUCUUCCUCGUCAUGUUUCAUACCCUCCACAAAGGGCGUCCUCAAAAACUCAGAGGGCAGGAGGACUAAGUUGUCUCCGGCGCAGAUAGCAGUGGCUCCUUAUCCGCCUCCAAACAGCAGCACUUUAGGUCAUUGCCACGGACAGAUUGUGUACCACACAGGGCCUCCCAAACCGCCAGAGGCCACCGCUCUGGCGGUCCCCCCUAACGUCACUGUGGCUGGCCCUGUGAUCCCUGUUGCGGGGGGCCGAGGAUUGAACCUCCCUCCCCAGUCGAAUCUUCCCUCCAUCCAGAGCAUCAUUUACCAGAUCAACCAGCACUGCCAGGCCCAGGCUCUGCAGCAGGUGUGUCAGAACGGGGUGUCAACGGGACCUCUGAACCCCAGCCCGUCCAAACCGGGCACCGCUAUCUCCUCAGGGGGGACCUUCGUCACUAGUGUGGCUCCACAGGGAAACAUGGCCUAUUCAGGGACGGUGCUGACAGGGCAAAAUGGAGAGGUGUUGAAGGCCGGGGUGUAUUCCGAAGGUAUGGACUACCUCCUGUGGCAGAAACAGCAGCAGCAGCAGCAAGCUGUUUUAAGGAUGUACAGCGAAGGGAGCGGAGGCGGAGGCGCCGUAAGCAAGUCGCCCGAAACCUGCGCCCCAGGAGGGUCCAUCAUGCUCGGAGGGGCGCAGGUGUCCUCCUCCAGAGGUUACCCGAUGACGGCCAGUACGAGUGGUGGGGGUGGGCUGGACAAGGUCAGCUCCUCCCCUUUGAACUGUGUGGGGAUGCAUGGGAACUUUUCUGUCGGUCAGUACUUUGCACCGCCGUGGAACAGCAUUCUGGUGACGCCGGACAGCGACUGCUACAACCCACAGGAGCUUCCAGGAGCUACGACCACAGCUGGACCGGUGACGGGACACAGGGAGCUGGGAUUCCCCCACCCUCACCAGCACCCUCAUCAUAAUCACCACCACCAUCAACAUCAUCAUCAUCAUCAUCACCCGCCCAUAGACAGCACGGGUGGUCUGUGCUGCAGUUUGCCCAGUAAGAGUCUAUGUAAUACGUCAGUGUUGAGCAGCAGUCUGCAGUCACUGGAAUACCUGAUCAGUGACAUCCAUCCUCCCUGCAUCAAGGAGCAGAUGUUGGGGAAGGGAUACGAGACUGUGUCUGUGCCGAGACUAUUGGACCACCAGCAUGCACACAUCCGCCUCCCUGUUUACAGAUAAGAAGAGACAGGCCUGACUGAUAUAAAGAGCGACUGGAAAAUCUUUAAUCACAAACUGCAGUUAUUGCCAUUGCCUAGAUUUGCAGUGGAGUUUGGUGAUCCUGCUCAAAGCAGACUGGGGAGAUCUGGAUCGGAACACGACUGGGUGAAUGCUAGAAAGCCAAUCGGUGCCUCUCGGCUCAGAGCUGGGAGAGAAUUGCUGGCUGGGAAUUGGAAUGUUCCUAAAUGUGGAUUCUGUGAUUCUUUUCUCUCUUUUUACCAAGAGGGAUUUUUUUUUGUUGUCGUUUUCCAAUUGUUUCUCUUUUUUUCCUUUUGAAUUAUUUUAUCAGACUAAUAUUUUGAUUUUUGGUGAGAGUCAAUGGUUUAAAUGAAGUAAAAAUGGCCUCCUCUCCUCCCCAAGUAACCAUUUGGAUUAACGCGAUGAAGAUGAUGGUCUUAAAGCACCACGCUUGUCUGUAAAAGAUACAGUUGAACCUGUGCUCACAAAACACUGUAAGAGGUAACGGUAUGCACGCAUUACAACAUUUCAAAGACCAAAAAGGCAACUAGAGCAGUGCUUUUAGGUGACGCUAAUGGAUAAAAUGGAAAACCUUAGCGGUAGUUGUUUUAUAGAGAAAUUGCACUGCUUGGGUUGUAAAAAUGUGUGAAAGUCUUGGGAGGUCUGAGGAAAAUUAGACAUUCGAAUAUAAUGUAUUUAAAGAACUUGAAGACUUGAACCUAUUUUUGUUGUUUUUUUUAUAUAUAUAUAUAUAUAUUUGUAGUAUAUAAUAUGCAUUGGCUGCUAAGGGAGUAAGAGUGUAAAAUGCUUAGGUUUUUUAAUGUUUCGUUAAGGGUCUCUAAUUUUGAUUUUAUUCUCCUUUGGCUGCAGUAUAAGUUUCUGCUGUUCUCACGGUGUAACCACCACCGAGAGCUAAACAACAGAACGCUCAUUUAUUUACCUACACUGGAAUCAAAUCUCCACAUAAGCAAAUGUUAAAGUAACUGGUUGUUGGAAAGCUCUGAAAUGAGACUGCCCUCAUUAGCAAGAUUAGGCCGAGCAGAUCUGUUUCAGUCAUAGAAACACAUUCAGCCGAAAUGAAUUCUGAAAAUGAGCCGUCUGUUGUUGGAAAUCUUGUUCUCGAUUGGUUAGGGAUCAAACGACUCUUCCCUCACGGCUUCGAAAGCUUCGAAGGCACGUGACUCCAUUAAAGGAGGACCAGAGAGGUGUCACUUUACCAUUCCUCUUUUUGAAAUGAUAAAAACAAUCAUUGCCUCUCUCAAACGGAGGUGGAAGGAGAGGGGCCGAGCGGUUUUCUCAGCUCUUUGCUAGCGGUUUCGAGCCGGGUUGAGGCCGCUAGUAAGCUUUGUCUCAACACUGAAAUAUUUAUUCCGACUGUGACUUUCCUGUGAAUGUACUGCACUUAGAUUACUGAGAAGACUAAUGCCUUGUGGGACAGAGAGAGGGAAAUAAAGAAAAAUUGGAUGGGCACAGCGGUCCCUGGCAUUAAAUUAGCAUUUCUUUUGUCAGUCAAAUUUCACCGGUAAAUUGAAUUUAGAAACUCGAGAGAGUCGACGGGGGGUUUCUGGCGGAGGCAAAAAGCUGGCUACAGUCUAGAUUUAUGAAGUGCAAUUAUUAUGACUGUAUUAACAAUUUUGUUUUCUCUGAGCUUACACCAAAAAAAAAAAAAUGUAAAAGUACAGCUGUGUCUACAUUCCCAAUGUACCACAUACUCAUUCCCGUCUUGUUUUGAGGUUCAAAUAAAAUGAUUUCAAGAAUUUA